AUGUCAAUCUCAGAGGCAGGCGACUUAUUCGAUCAGAGUAUAAAUUUUUGCAUGAAACUCCACUUUGCUUCUGCAGCGCCAGUGAGGGAAACUUCUGGAGAAUUCAAGAGCAAUGCUACAACCUCUGAUAAUAAGCGCGCAGAUCUACAAGGAUUACGAGGAGUUGCCAUCCUUUUUGUGCUCGUAAUGCAUUUGUGGCCAAGUUCAUAUCGCCUUGGUUUUGUAGGCGUGGACAUCUUUUUUGUGCUCUCUGGAUUUCUCAUGGCUAAGAUACUGCUCGAAAAAAAAUUUACGACAUGGUCUGUCUGGAGAUUCUACACUCGCAGGUUCAAGAGGAUUGUUCCUUUGUACAUGCUGUUGGCCGUCGCCGUUUAUGUUUAUGGUUAUUUCUAUAUAUUGCGCCCCGAUCGCAAGCAAAUCCUUGAUGAUUUGGCUUGGGUGUACACGUACAGCUCCAACUUGCAGCCAAUAUUCGAAAAGCUUGGGUAUUGGGAUCAGCUAUCGACUUACCGAUUUUUUGUGCACACCUGGUCCCUAGGGGUGGAACUGCAAUACUACUUGAUUGUUCCAGUUAUCAUGGGCUUAGCGUUCUGCUGCGAACAUCACGUUCGCUUGAUUUUGUUUCUUUCGCUUGGUAUAUUCUCCAUCAUUUUUCAACUGUAUGCGCCACCCAAGAUAUCUUAUGGCUUCUUGUUAUCUCGGAUCUGGCAGUUUAUGUCUGGGUCAAUAGCUUACGAGUUUUCAAAGACAACUUUGUCCUCCACUGAUUACGAACCUCUGCUUAAUCGAAAUGAAGAAGGCACUUUAGAAGCAGACAAUAAUUCGUAUGCGGACAUGGGAUCUUCCAUGAAUAGGAGAGCGUCAAACAAGCGUUUCUUGUGUCGCGUUUCCUCUUUACUCGCGAAUGCUUUUUUGCUUGUUUUGGUUUUAUUGGUUGCUGUCAGUCCAAAAUCUGUCUCCGAUAGUACAGCCAGGAUUUGCUCGACUUUAAUGGCCGGUGUAGUGGUCUAUUUAAACGCAGAUGUAUUUUGCCUUACAAACGUGAUGAUAACCUAUUGUGGAGACAUAUCUUACGUUUUAUAUCUUGUCCACUGGCCAAUUAUUGUGACAGCCCGAUAUGUUACAGAUUCUCAAAUACUGAAUGCAAAAGGUGUAGCCACUGUUCUUCUCGCUGCUUUCACGCUGUCAGUAGUGACCCAUCACACCUUUGAAAAGUUCUUCAUGAAAAGAGGAGUCAUAGUGGCUUUUAUGUGCGUGGUAGCCUGCUAUGUGUGCAUUCUUGGCACCAAGUCUAUGUACCUAUACGCUCCUCCACUAGAAAGCAUCAAUCCAAACACUUCAAAGAUUGAAUACGCUAUCGAAUGGAAUAUGAGAGAAUCUCAUAAAGUAUACUACGCGAUGCCGUGCAGUAGAGAUGUCGACACUGAGCGUUAUACAAAAUUCAGGAAAGAACAUCAGUUACGAUGCGUUGCAAAAGGAAAUGGCACUGCAAAUAUUAUAUUGAUCGGGAACUCAAUUGCAUACAGAGCAUACCCGUUGUUUCACGAUAUACUAAAGGGACGCUAUCGCAACUUCAGACUUUAUUCAAGAAGCUCAUGUCCACCAUUAUCGAAUCUGUGUCCGGAUUUCACUGAAGCAAUGAAGAAAGUAGUGCAACAUGAAAAUCCAGACAUAUUAUGGUACAUGCAUUUCGCCUUAUACCCUUCUUUUGUUGCGCCUUUUCGGAAUCUUUCCAAAGAUCGAAUCUACAAAGAGUUCCAGGGAAACAUUGACUUCAUUAGCAAUUACACGAAACAUAUUGUCAUCGAUAUGCCCUAUUAUCGGACCCCAUUUAACGCUGGAGUGAAGCUUGCCAAGAGGCUGCAGUAUGGGCUCCCACCUGGUGAUGAAUUUGUGGUUACUCGGCAGCAGCUCAUCGAACAAACACAAUAUCACCGACUGCGGCUGAGUUCAUUAAAUUGCAGCAAGUGUAUCAUGAACGAAAUAAAUGAUGCUCUCUUCAAAGAUGGGCUUUUCUAUGUGUACGAUCCCAAGACAUUUCUUGUUCGACUUGGAGAUGGUCUUCAUAUGACCCCUGAUGCUAAUAACAUGAAGAUUGAACUAGGUUUCAAACAUGACGUGAUCUUCCCACAUUCGUAUCACUAUCGCGCGUUUCAGUAG